AUGUCCAACAUUCCCGAACAAGCUUCCACCGCUGCCAUGCCGUGCUCACCGGUACCGUCGUACGACUCUGAGGAAGCACUGCCCUCGGUACCGCUACCUGCUUAUUGCCCGGACAAGCUUCCAACCUACACGUACGCUGAGCGCACAGAGAUCCUCUCGCAAAAGGCAGAAUAUCAAGGAGGUCUUGACCUGCCCAAGCAAUCACGAACAUUGUCGCAAAAGCUUUUCAUGCUGGGCUUUCUUCUUCCCGGUCCUAUCUGGCUGGUUGCAGCCUACCUUUUCCUAUUGCACCCUUACAUCGCCGCCAGCAUCGGACCAUACAAACUCCAACCCGCGCCUCUGCUACCUUAUUCGUUCAGAGGCAGUUUUGCUUCAAGCAUUAAUUCCGUUCUGAAAGGACUCGACAAGGAUGUUGAGGUGGCACGGAAGAAAGAAGAGAAGCGAUGGGGUAGGUAUUCAUUGUGGGCUUUCACUGUUGUAACUGUUGUGGUAUGCUCUGCCGUCAUAGUUGGACAGCAAACAGGCUGGGCGUUUGGACUUACACAAGGGAGCUCGGGUCAUGUUAGACCGGUUAUCGUUGUCUAA